AUGACCCGAUCCCACCCGACCCUUCGCCUCAGCCGAAGCGGAAGGUCCGGGACGGAGAAGAUCUUGGGCGGCACAAGAAGAAGGGCCGCGCUUCGGCUAAUGUACGUGCACAAUGUUUUGGUCUACGAUCUUUGGUUUUGUUGUGAUGCGGCGAUGCUAAAUUUGGCUCCUGUGGCUAAGUGUAGUCAGGAGAGUUCGCAACAAAGCAGAGGCAGCUGCUCGGGCGACGAGUCCAAUUGCACCGACGUGAACCGCCGUUCGGGGGCUCACGGCGACGGCGGCGGCGGCAAUGCUAAGGCCCGGGCAGCCAAAGGGUCGGCGACCGAUCCCCAGAGCCUCUACGCAAGGAGAAGAAGGGAAAGGAUCAGUAAGAGCCUCAAGAUUCUUCAGAAACUGGUGCCUAAUGGACCCAAAGUCGACAUCAGCACCAUGCUGGAGGAGGCAGUUCACUACGUCAGGUUCCCGCAGCAGCAGAUCAAGAUGCUGAGUUCUGAUGAGAUGUGGAUGUACGCACCCAUCGCUUAUAAUGGCAUGAGCCUAGGAAUCGACCUGAAGAUUUCUCCUCAGUGA